CCGAGAGAGUUCUUUCUUUUUUUGUAUCCUGGAAAACCAAUAGCAUUAGUUCACUCGAGAAAGAAAAUUGAAAAAGAAAAACGUGGCUGUGCACUGUGUGUUCGUGUGUUUCGGUGGGAAACGAAAAGGUGUAAGAGCAGAUUCUGUUCUCCUGAGUUUGGCAGCUUCUUCGGAUCUUUGGGGGCUGAUUUGUUCUCAGUUUGGAGCUCUCCAUUCCGGCUGUUUGUUGAGGGUUUUUUUUUCCAUCUAAUUUGGCGAGUUCUUAGCUUGUCGUUAUCUGCCUGUUAGUGGCCCUUCAAUGGCAUCUUCUGCAAUAAACUCCGGUGCCUUGGUUGCUUUACAAGAAUUAAAUUCUGCUUCUCCACACUUUAAGCAAGGGGCUUCUCUUCGAGUUACUGGGAGGCUGCAAGAGUAUUCAGUUGAGAAUGCAGCUGCGCUAAUUAUUGAUGGCAGUGGUACCCUCAAAAUUGACACCCAGCACCUAAAUCUCAAUCUUCGGCUCGGAUCAAUCUACCAGUUCAUUGGAGAGCUACUUAUUCAACCCAACAAUGAGGCAAUCUUGAAGGCACGAGUGGGUAGAAAUGUAGAUGGUAUCGACCUCAACCUCUACUACCAGUCACUGAAGCUUUUGAGAGAGUUCAUGUCUGAACAAAUGAGUAGUCGUACAUCCUAGCGUGUUUAUUUUUGGAAAACGGAGAACCAAGAAUUCAGGAAGGUUGAAGUCUUGCAGCCUAGCUUUGCUGUAACAAUCAUGACUUGAUAGUAGGAAAAGUUCGUGGUUUUCGAGGAUACUUAAAUAUCAUGUUCAGCAACUGUUGGUUGAAGCAAGAAAAUGGAAUGAAAAUUUGGCGCCCUCUUCUUUC